AUACGUUUUGAGAUUUUCAUCUUUUACCUCUAUUAAUUUCAAUGUAUUAUGCGUGAAUACUUAAUUUUCUAUUUUUUUACUGUGUAUUGAAUUUUGUAACAGUAUAACAUGUUUAAUUAGUUGCAAGCAUAAAACUGUAUAUGUGUAAAUGUUUAAUUAAUAAUAAUUAUGGCUACUGGUAUAGAAUGUUUGAAAUGGAAUACAUCAACUUUCCAACCAUCGAAUGUUUUAGACCAUACAGAAUAUACUUUAGCGCUGAAACCGUCUCAUUGGUUAAAUUUGAAGUCAAAGGGCCUCUCUAUAAAACUGUCAUAUUUAGGACUAACACAAAGAUUAGCAUCUUUAGACAAUCUGAAUAAUUUAUAUGUUUAUGAUUGGUCAAAAGCAAAUUUAAAAACCUUAAAGUCAAAAUAUGAACAUAAUAGUAAACUUACAAGUUUGACAAGCAAUACCCUAGGAAAUAAAAUAGUUACAUGUUCAGAUAAUGGAAAAAUUCAAAUAUGGAAUUAUAAAUUUUCAAGCUGGAAGAUGUUAACUGAAUUUAGAGGUCAUUAUCAGUGUGUACGUGAUGUUCAGUAUUCUAUCGAUAAUAAGUAUUUAAUAUCUUGUUCAAAUGAUAAAACAUUUAAAAUAUGGGAUUGUCAUUCUAAUAAGUUUGUAGCCAGUAAUAUGUUUCAUCGUAAUUGGGUUAACACAGCAAAGUUUUUCAAAGAAGACAAACUCAUCAUUUCUUGUUCAAGAGAUUGUUAUGUACAAGUUUUUGAUUGUUGUUCUGGAAAAUGUGUUGCAAAGUUCAACUUAAGUCCAGAUUUUGCUGAAUCACUUUCACUAAAAGAGGAGUUCUCAAUAGCAGUGGGUACAAACCAAGGGUCCAUACAAAUUUUUGAUUUGAGAGCUUUAAAAGUUUUACAAAAAUACAAUGAACACACAAGUCAAGUAAAUUGUGUGAAAUUUCAAUAUAAGACACCAUGUUUGGUAUCUGUUUCAAAAGAUAAAAAAUUAAAUGUGUAUGACACAAAUGAAGGUAGAUUUUUGUAUUCAAUUGAUCACCUCAGUGAAAUAAGAUCAAUGGAUAUUUCCUUUGAUGAUAAAUUACUUGCAACAACAUCAUUUCAUUUUGACAAUGAGAUUACUUUAUGGAAAACRGAGACACUAUAAUUGUAAUUGCUUAAUAUAUUUUACGUUCUAAUAUUUAUACGGUACUUAGUUAAAUUUUUUGUGUACAUUUAUGAUUUUAUUUAUUUAUUAAACAAUUAGAUACUUAAGAGUUGUUUUAA